CUCCCUUUUUCCCUCCCUCCCUCCACCCACCCACCCAUCCAUCCAUCCAUCCAUCCAUCCGUCCGUCCGCUCACCAACCCACCCACCCCCGCCCGCCCUCCAUGGGCCGGCGCGGCCGGCGCUGAGCGCCGGGAGGCAGCGCCCGGCGGCGCCCGGCUGCCGCGAUGAGCGGCGGGGAGGUGGUGUGCUCGGGCUGGCUCCGAAAGUCGCCGCCGGAGAAGAAGUUACGGAGAUACGCAUGGAAGAAACGCUGGUUCGUCCUGCGCAGCGGUCGGAUGAGUGGCGACCCCGAUGUCCUGGAGUACUACAAAAAUGACCACUCCAAGAAACCUUUGCGUGUCAUCAACCUCAAUUUCUGCGAGCAGGUGGACGCGGGCCUCACCUUCAACAAGAAGGAGCUGCAAGACAGCUACAUCUUCGACAUCAAGACGAGCGACAGGACCUUCUACCUGGUGGCUGAGACCGAGGACGACAUGAACAAAUGGGUCCGCAGCAUCUGCCAGAUCUGUGGCUUCAACCAGUCCGAGGAGAACACAGACACCCUGAGGAGCAUCGCCUCCAUGAACCACGCCCCGCGCUCCUCCCCGGCCGAGCUCAGCAGCGCCAGCCACCACCUGCUGCGAGAGCGCAAGUCCUCAGCGCCGUCCCACUCCAGCCAGCCCACCCUGUUCACCUUCGACUCGCCUGCCAGCCACCUCCAGAGCACCCUGUCUGCCAGUGCCCCCCAGGACUACCUUUUCCUGCACCAGUGUAUGAGCAGAAAGUCAGAAAAUGCAAGGAGCGCCAGCUUCUCCCAAGCCACCAGGUCUGCCUUCUUCAUGCGGAGCGACUCAGCGGUCCAGAAGCUCUCGCAGGGCAACGGGCACUGCAUGAACGGCGUUGGUGGGCAGCUCCAUGGCUUUUACAGCCUGCCAAAACCCAGCCGGCACAACUCGGAGUUCAGGGACAGUGCCUACGACCUCCCGCGCUCCUUUGGCUCCUACACCCACCCCAAGUCAAGCCUCACCAGCUCCGAAACUGAUAAUGAGGAGGUCUACACCUACAAGACUCCCAACAACACCCUAUGCAAGGAGUUUGGGGAGCUCUCCACGGACUCCUAUGACAUCCCUGCCACACCACUCUCCAUCUACCAGAUCCCCAGGACAUUUACACUGGACAAGAACCACAACACUCUGGCUGUGGCCGCCAGCGACUCACCCGCUGCGCCACCCCCACGGCCCCCGAAGCCUGGGCAGACAGAGCCACGCUGGGGCAGUCCACCCCAGCGGCCCCAGCCUGGCGAAAAUUUAGGUCUCACCCCCAUGGCAGCCACCAUUCCCCGGAGAAACACGCUGCCAGCAGUGGAGAACAGCAGACUGCACCGAGGUGAAUUUGGAGCUUCUUCCUGUGAGACGUACGAGUACCCCCAGCACGGGGGCGGCAGCGCUGUGCAGUCAGUGGAGUCCAUGAACGAUGGAUACCACUCCUACCUGCAGGCCAAGGCAGCUGUGGCCCGCUCCCACAGCACCGACUCCGAGGACAACUACGUCCCCAUGAACCCCGGUUCCUCGCCCCUAAUCCACACCGAGAAAGCCAACGACAAUGCCCAAAGUCUCUACAUCCCCAUGAGCCCUGGGCCGCAUCACUUUGACCUGGUGGGCUUGUCCUCGGCCACCCUUCCCGUGCAUAAAGGAGGAGCCGUGGCUCAGUGCCACCGGCGGCUGAGUGAAAUCCAGCCCCCGCCAGUCAACCGCAACCUCAAACCCGACCGGAAAGCAAAGCCAUCACCGCUGGACCUGAGGAACAACACUGUCAUUGAUGAGCUUCCCUUCAAAUCGCCAGUCACAAAAUCCUGGUCCAGGCCAACGCAGACCUUCAACGCCGGCUCUCUGCAGUACUGUCGCCCUGUCUCCUCCCAGAGCAUCACCAGCACUGACUCGGGAGAGAGCGAGGAGAACUACGUGGCCAUGCAAAACCCCAUUUCUGCUUCUCCUGUUCCUAGUGGUACCAACAGCCCAGCGCCUAAAAAGAGUUCGGGGAGUGUGGAUUACCUGGCCCUGGACUUCCAGCCAAGCUCACCAGGGCCACACAGGAAGCCCUCCACCUCGUCAGUCGCCUCAGAUGAGAAGGUUGAUUAUGUGCAAGUGGACAAGGAGAAGACACAGGCGCUGCAGAGCACCAUGCAGGAGUGGACUGAUGUGCGGCAGUCCUCGGAGCCUGCCAAGAGCAUGAAGCAGUAGUGCCCGUGGCAGGCAGCAAAACAGGAAAAUGUCCUGUUGGUUUUCCCCAGCUGCGGCCCCACUGGGCUGCCAGACCCACUUGGGCUGGAUUUCUAAGACUUGUCUGUGGAGGGGAGGGGGGUCAUUGGUUUGGUUUUUUCUCUUAAAACAAAACAAAACUUCUUUUCAGGGGAAGACUUGGCGGAUACUGUUUGCCAGUGAUAAAGACCAACUAUAUUUGGUGGCUAGGUUUGUGCUUUAGCUGCUGGAUGCACUAUCCAGGAACUUUGACUUAGCAAUACCAGGUUUCACCCUACACAUCUUUUCCUUACAGCUAUUAAAGCCACCUUGUAUGUUCUAACACUGCAUCAUCUCUCCCCAUCUUCUUCCAUAUCAUACCCUAAACCAUGCCAUGCAGGUUUGCAGCAUCUCCCAUAGGAUAUCAUUGCCCAGCUCUGAUUUUCCACUCCUUAUGGUCGUCCUCUUCUCUGCCUCCUCCUAGUCCCACAACUGAGCAAGAACCAUUGCUUUUGAAAUCACUUUUAUUGUCCUGCCUCUUGUAAAUAAUAUGUUCAAAACCCCUGAGGGCUGUUCUGCUCUUGGCUGGAUAGCCCCCAAGGUUUUGGUUGGGGUUGUUAACCUUCAGGAGCUUGACACACCAUCCCCACCAUCCCACUGAGCUGACUUAGGAGCCCAGGACUUGCCCCAUCAUACACACACAUACAUGGCAGCACAUGCUGUCAUGAGUUUGUUGGGGUGUCUUCUGUUUGUAUUCUCCAUUAACUCUCAGAGUGAAUGGGCUGGAGAGAUUGGCUUUGGAAGAGGCUGGAGGGAUUGGCUUUGGAAGGUAGAAUUUAAGCACUGGCCCACUGCCUGUCUGAAACCAAUUCCUGUGAAUCUGACCCUAAAAACCACAAUUUGCCUUUUGUGGAACCAAAAGAAGCCCAUAGAGUGUGAGUCCUACAUCGUGGCCAUUGUGAGAAGCCCUGUGGUUGAAUAUGAGGGGGCAGGGAGGCUCUGGAGACCCUGUGUGUGUGUACUGGCAUAAGGAUGAGUGACAAGAAGGGAGUGGGAGGCUGCUGUGAGGACUGGGAGAAGGCGGGUGGUGUACUGCAGAGGUUGGUCCUGGGUGAGGAGGUCUGGUGGAAUGUUUCUUGGAAGAAAGAAUAAGAGUAAUUGAAAUGUUGGUUGAUGGUGAGGUCACAGGCUUGGGAAGAGUUUGGUUGGGAGAGUCAGGGCAGGGCGUUUCAGUAUGAGCUUUAAUGUAGCAUUGUGGUUGGUUUGUGGAGGGUGCAAAAGACUGAACUGUUUUCCCCUCAUCUUCAGCAAUGUUUCUUCAACACAACACUGGGGCUUGCUGACAUUAAUGGCCCUAGGCUCUAAUUAUGGGUGGGAGUCUGCUGUGGUCCCUUGCAGCAUCCUUAACACAUCCAGGCUUUGGGAUCGUUCGCCAGGGAGUUGCUGAGCACAGAGAGAAGGACGGGACAGUUUAAUGCAGAGAUAAUAAUUCAUGAUCUCAUGAAAACAGGAAGAACUAAUGAUUGCCAUGGAGCAGCCUGAUUGCCAGACAGCAAGCGCUGACAUGAAUAAACAGGCUGACCGCAAACCAAGAGCCAAAUGAAGGAGACAUCAGAAAGAUUAGGUAAUAAUAUUUAUUAAAGAGCUGGAGCUAUUCUUUCUGCAAGCUGAACCCCUCCCAGCACCGUGGGCUCUGUGUUCCAUCAACAUCACCAACUUGUAUUGAUUAUUAAUGCUUAAGCAUUAACACAUUUGCUUAAUCUUGGUCUGAGCUUGGAAAGGGCCAGACGUGACCCACAUGGGGAUAGGAUUCCAGUCCCUUAAGGGCUGUGUGCUGGUAAAAUAAGUCUUGAACUUUCAACACCAUUUUGUAUUUUCUUCUCACAUGCCAUGAAAGGGAAGGAUGCUAAUGGAAAAGCUCUGACAACCCUGUUGAGACAUUGAAGUGUUGGACUUUUAUAGAAACAAUGAAGCAAAUGCCCUAAUGUUUAUGCUAAUAAUUAUAAUUACUAGAAGGGAAAAAACCCCAAAGCCCCAAAGGGGAAGAUUUAGCACAGUCAGGUGCUUUCUAAAGGUCAGGGGGGUGUUACAGCCUGCAAGGGCCAUUGCCUCUUGCUGUAGGCUUGCACACUUGCCUGGUGAGUUAACAAAAUGAAGACUAGAAAGCAGUACUUUGUAUUUCUAUUGCCCCUUUCAUCUCUGCAUCUCAGGGGAGACUAAACAUUGGGCCUGAUCCAGAGCCCACUGAAGUGUGUAUUCACUCAUGUGAGAGAGAGCUCCCCAUCCCCACCAAAAAGAAUGUCACUCUCCUGGGAAGCUGAUUUUUUCCUAUUUCUUCUUCAAGGCUGUUAGCUUUAGUGGCUCAAGAGAGAACACAUUGGGUUUGAAUGCAAGUUGCUGAGUGGGUGCCCUGUGCUUCUGCACUGGGACUAGGUGCAUCCAGUGCCCACUCCCAUGUUUAAUCCAAGGAGUUAAUUAGGACUGGAAAAGCCUUUUGUGGUACUGGAGAAACUAGACCUUUUUGUCCAUGUUUCACAAAUGUCUUUGUUCAUGGGGCAACCUCUGGCAUGGGAUAGCUCUUUUCCCAGGCUCAGACCCUGUGUUUUGAUAAUUUGCUCUCAUGAGCAUCCCUCGUAACUGGUUCAUUGCAUUUGGCAGACCAAGGACCAAAAUGGCCCAAAAGCAGCUACUUAACAGCUGCUGGUUACUGACCCCUCUCUGCUUAGCAGUGAAGUCUGUGUUUUCACUGAACCAGAUACAUUCCUCUGCCUUUUCCCCUGCAAAUCACCAAGCAAACAGCACCACCAAACUAAGCAGAGGGCCACAGACUGUGCCAUAUAGACAUGACUGCAUCAACCCCUCCUGAAUGCAUUAAGUAAUCAAUGGCUUCAGUGGAAAUAGUCACCCAUGACAAUUGCCAAGCUGAUUACAGCAGUCCCUGGUGAUUAGUGUUUGUGCAGUAUUUAGUCUUAAACCAUAUUGAAAAGCAGCUGCUUUAAUUACACGGACUGCCAAGAACUUUGUCCUGAAGGCAUUGAGUUUAUCACAUCCACUUUAUACUUGGAUUCUCAAGUAUGACAGGCUCCUUUGUUAGAAAUAGGUAUUUAAGGAAACUGAGAACAUUGCAAAUUAUUCAUUUUAAUUGAAAUUAAACUGGCUUGAGCCUUCACGUCAGAGCCUGCUCUACAGCUCUGUGGUUUGAUUUAGAAAAGGGAUGUGCUUGUAUGUGUGUGUGCUCAUGGAGAAGGGUUGUCUGUGGGACAAGCACCAUGGCCUCAAUAAUUAGUUUUAUGAAGCACUGGGUCCAUGGCUCAAAGCUUUCCCCAAGCUUGAAAAUGACUAAGCAGGUGGUUUUAAAGGCAAAAAUCUCCAAGAGUGUGUACCCCUUGCUGUAAGUAUGCAAAUGCUGCUCAUCAUUCCUCUGUCUGGUGAGAUGUGUGAGCUGCCUUGGAGCAGAUUUGCUGUGAACUGGCAUUUGAGUGCCCAGUGGGAAAUACAUUUCCAGCUCUAAAUAGAUGCCAGGCUUAGGCUUAGUCUCAAGUUGGCGGAAGAGAAUAAUGUGUGAGCACAGAGUGUGCCAGGGCAAAGCUGAGAGUCUGGCAAGUAGGGCCAAAUGCAGAAUCAGAACCAAAAGAGAGGGAAGGCUUGGCUUGUCUGGGAGCUAACUGGGAUGGUUUUGAACUCUGGGCCACCAGCCACUGGCAAGGGUGAGAUAUGAGAAAACUUGAGGUUGGGAUGAGAGAAGGCAGGGGAGUUUGCCAAUAAGGUUUGGGUCUUGGUCCUCACCGUGUGCUCCUUUGGUCUUGGGUCAGAUGUGCAGAGAUUUGUGGGUUGUGGAAUGCUCAGUAGAAGCCAUGCACUGGUGGAACAGGAGCUUCCACCACUCUUGGGCACUUCGCUCUCAAGGGGGUCAUCCUGCCUGACAAUGUGAUGCCUGUGCUCUGGCAUUCAGGAAUGCUUGGCCAUUCACCCAGCUCUGAGCUGGGCAGGAGAAACCCUACAAGAAAUGUGUGGGGACCAGGACAUGCUGGGAGACGCCUUGCUGAGGGGCUCCCAUGAGCUGUUCCUGGGGCAGCAGUGCCAUGGUUUCACAGGGUUGUCCCUUGAGGUGCCAUCUUCAUCCUUGGAGUUUUUCAAGAUCAGUCUAGGUCAACUGCAUAGCUGACCCUGCUUGGAGCAUCUCUUCCAGCCCGAGACCCUAUGCUGCUGGGGUUGAGUGGAGACUCCUCCAUGUGAGAGACGGGUCCCAGGGGGUUGCUUGGAGCCCUGUAACAUCCGAAACAGGUACAGGGCCGCUUCUCUGGCCAUGAAGUCAAGCGGCAACGCACACAGCUCAACCCCUAAGGCCAUAUUCCCCAGUGAGAAGACCUAAUCCACACUGGGCCAUCCCUUGCACCUGGGAAAGGGCUGGCUGGCCCAGAACAAGACAUCCAGAACAUGGACAGGCAGUUCUAGCAACUGAGACAGCUUGAACCUGUAAAUUUGUCAGGCUAGAUCCAGACCUCUCAGCAAACCCAUGCCACCUCCACACCCUGGCAUACCAUGAAGAGUUGGCUUGUUUUGGCUAUCCAAUGCUCAUGGCUCCUUGGGUGGGGAGGGGGGUACAGCCAUGUCCAGGUCUUAUGGAAGUUGUUAAAAUAGUUCUCAGGUGCUGUCUGAACUUUCUGGCUCAGGAGGCAAGUAAAAAAAUGCUUGUCAUGGUUUGACACUGGCACAAUGCCAGUGCCCCCGUGAAAAUAUUCUUUCCCUGGUGUCUGCUGUGAGAUGUGACCAGAAAUAAGCAAAGCAGGCUCCUACUUAAGAAUAGAGGGGGGAAAAAAGUUUAUUAAAUAAACUACGAGUAGAAAAGACACACACACACAGGAAAAAUGAAAACCCUGCAAAAACAUUUCCUCCUCCCCCCACCGAAUUUUCCCAACACAAUACAUCUAUCCACACACAAUCAAACCUUCCCCCAAAUUCCCAGCUCUCAUUCCAUCAAGAGGAGAGGAGUCCUUCUCGUGCCAUAGGCUUCCCCUGGAAACACCGUUGAAACCUCGUGUGUUUCCAUGUCACUCGUGGCACCGCCCGGAGUACAUCUGCCGUCGUGACUUCUUCCUUUUCAUGCCCAGUGCUCUCACCACUGUGCAUGGACCAGAGCUGCUUCUAGAGUUAUCCUUUUUAAGGGUGCUUUGUCCAGUUCCAAAGAGGGCACAGUCUCUCACUUUUCGGGACACCAGUCCCCCCCAAAUUUUCACCCCCUGGGGCCGAGGGGUCUCAACACUGACCUCUCUCGGUUCUGAGCCAUUGCCUCCCCGCUAGAUGCAGUCUCUGUGUCACAGGAAAAACGGUUCGGUCCAUGGCUAUACAAGAAAAAGUCCAGCCAAAGGCCACUCCAUCAUCUCUCCUGCCACCUAAGAUUCUUCUCAAGUUCUCUCACAACCCUGCAUCACAUCAGACUUGUCCAUUUCUUGCUCCAGGAGGAUCAGUAUUUGCAAGGUUCACAUUAUUCAAGCAAAGGGUUAAAAUCUCAAGCUCUGCCUGCCCGGAAUUCCCACCGCUGCCCUGCUGGGCACUUUCUCGUGCACCCCCCCCUUUCUCCUUCUCAGCCGGCCGUGAUAUCCAAUUUCAAGGUGGCACAGGCUGGGGGGGUGGGCGGGAGGGAGGCUGCCCGAUGUCUCUCUGUGCCCCUCUACCCUUCCGUCCUCGGGGGCCUUCAACCCCCUCUCUGUCCAAGGCCCGGCUCACCUCACAGCCGCAUGGCUUUCCCCUCUCCCGCCCCCAGCCUGCAGCUGGGCAGGGGAAGGACUAACCUGUUUCCCCGCUGGAACCCAAAGAGCAAGUUCCCAAGGGAGAGCUCUGCUUUUAACCCCUGUGUUCUCAGAGGCAUAUCCAAUACCCAAGUGGCCAAACCAGAUGCCAAUUUAAAAUCUGAACACCUAAUUGGUGACCACAGCAUAUCCCAGAAAACCUACUUCCUGUAAAACCAUAACAAUGCUUUUCUCAAGUUGUGCUUGCAUUGUGUUGGUGUUUUCCCACCUGGUGAUGUAAAAGUUCCAUUCCAUGUAAAAGCUGACACCCACAGUGUGUGUGCCAUUGGAGGGAUGCUGUCUAGGUGAGAUGGAUGCAGCAGAGCUGUGAUUAUGAAGAAGCCCAAGUUCUACAGGAAAGGGGAAGAGCAAAGCCUAACUCUGGCACCAGCCAGAGAACACACAUGGCUGUCGAAGAGCCAUCAAAAAAAUCAGAGGGACCAGUCCAGCAUCAAAUCACAAGGGUCAAUAAGCCAAUUUAGGGCCUCUGAUGAGUCUGAGUGCCUCUUUUCUCUGCUCAACCUUCCCACAUGUACACAAUGAUUUUGCAGCUGUUAAUAAGGAUCUUGCAGGUCAAGAUGUGCACUUUUUGAUCAUGAUUCCUCCUUCGUCUGGAGCAGUUCAUCCCUCUAUCAGCCUGUCCUUGGUGUCUCAUCAUUGUAGUCACAAUUUUAUCUCCUUGUUCACGACUCCUAGUGUUGUACUGUCGACCAGGUUGCUGAUUUAGUGUCUUCUCUUGAGAAAAGUUGAUAUGUAGCAAGGUAUCAGAAUACAGCUACCCCCUUCCAGCCCACGGCCAGCAGGUCCUGGCCCGUGGUGUUCAAGUUUUAACACCAGCCAGUAAUGUCUGAAACAGAAGCUGGGCCACAUGGCUCCAUCUCUUUAGCUAAAAAAGCUUCUCAACAGGCUUGCUCCCAAUCAGCAGGCUUUUAAUUUGUGAUGCAGCCCAUUGCUAACAUGUAACAGGUUCAUUUGUAGGCCAGUGGGUUGACCAUAUGGGAGAGGUUUGCCCCCAGACCAGGAGAUAAGAAACCAUCAUUUUUAUUGUCAUUCUCUGGGUGACACCACGCUGUAUCUUCAUGUGGGACGAGAGGGUUCACGUGAACUCUGUAUCCUGCUUUUUCUCUGGCUUGUAAAAUGAAGGUUUUUAGUACUUAUUUCCCCACCUCACUGAUGUGUCAUGAGGUGUAAUUAAUUGACAUCUAAUAAUGCAAAGAGCUGUUUCAAGUCUGCAGGCAAUGGCUUGGCAGCAUGAGGUGCUACCCUGUUGUCAUGCCCAGCAUCAUACACGGCACCGACACAUCCCACUCUGCAAAACUCAAUCAAAACCCCUUCAUCCCUAACUACCAAGGUGAAAAAAAACUUGGCAGGAUUUUCUUCUGAGUGAGGGGGGUGGGGGAAAUGUCAUUUGCACAGUUUUCAGUGUUCUGCUGCCACAUCUACCCUGGAAAUACCACGGGUUUUUUGAGAGCAGUAUGGACAUGGUGGUUGAGCCACGCUGCAGAGAGGGGAAGGGAGCAGGACCCUGGGCUCCACGGGGAGCCUGUCAAUGAAUCCCGUAGGGUUAGGACCAAACCUUUAGAGUAGUUAUAUCCCACUCAACCCAGCCCUUGGCAAAGUCAACGUGACUUUGCCAUCAUUGUGUGGGAACAGACUCAGUCAGAUUAGGGUAGUUUUCUCCAUUUGUUUCUUAACCUGCUGCGAGGAGGGGUUGGAGCCCUGGCUGUGAAGCUGUUGCAUCAGCAGCCGAUUCGCAGGGAUGUUUUGUGUGUUUCAAAGCCUAUGACUGUUCUUAAAGAGGAGUAUUUUUAAUUUUUUGAUUUCCAUUUGUAGAAGGAAGGACAAGAGUAAUCUGUGGCAAACUGUACAGUAUGUGUCUUCUUGUGGUGUCACUGUUUGAAUGGUUAUUAAGUUUUCAAAUCACUGUGGACAGCUAAUCACUUAAGUUAUUAAUUUAUUCUUUGAGGGGUUGUUGUUUGGUUGUUUUUUUUUUAAAGUAAUUUGAAACAAUUAUUUAUCCUGUAAAUCGGUCUUGAGUGAAGCCUAGAUAAUACUUUUUUUGCUGUUAAUAAACAUGGUACAUGCCUGACAUGAAGGUGAUCUCAUUUUUAAGUACUGUAUAUGCAACAAAAAAGCA